AAAUCAAACUCCGCUUAGGAAGACCUUGGUAGUCUAAAAUAAACCUUUGAGGUCUUCGAUUGGCGUGCAUUUCAGACGCCAUUACAGCCACAUCGUUACUUCUUCGCUCAACGCACACAUUAUGUCUCUGGAUCAAAAAUUUCUUAAGGCUGCAGAUGAUAUUAAGACAUUGUCUGCCACGCCAACAAACGAUGAAUUGAAAGACCUUUAUGCGCUGUUCAAACAAGCCACUGUUGGGGAUGUUAACGUUGCUCGACCCGGUAUGUUGGACUUGAAGGGAAAAGCUAAGUGGGAUUCUUGGGAAUCGAAGAAAGGUAUGUCCUCGGAUGCUGCCAAGGAAGCCUAUAUAUCCAAAUCAGCUGAGUUGGUGGCAAAGUAUAUCGCGUGAUUCGCAUCUUCUUAUCGUAAUCCUCCAUGGUAGUCUGCCCGUGGUAAUUUGCCUUUGCCAGGCAGCUCGAUUUUCUUAAUUUCAACAUUAUUUUAAUGUCAAUGUUGAACAAUACUAAAUUUGAUGGUACAGAAGUAUA